UACCAUCAAGAUGGAUGGAGAUCGCUCACCAAAGCCCAUUAUUCCAGAGAAGCGUUGGGGUGAUGACGUCGAACAACUUCGGGCACAAGAGAGGGCCCUGAAUUCUGAUCUCCGAGUUGCAAAAAAGCGAGUAAAAGCCGGCGGGUCAUUCAACGCAGCUUUCUGGGCGCAAUCGGUGGCAGCCGAGGAAGUGACUCUGAAAAGGGCUCAGGUAGAGCGCAAAAUUUCCUUGGGAAUGUUCAAAGGAACGGAGGCGGAGUGGGAGAAGACCGAAGAGGCUAAGCGGCUAUUUGAAGAAAUCCGUUCGCGAGAAGUGACAAGGAAGUUGGCAAGGAAGCGACAAGAAGAUCUAGAAGAAAUUUCAAAGGGAAGGACGUUACGAGCCAGCUUUAUGAAGCUGUUUACAACUAGUAAAAUGGGCCUGGGGAUUGCAGAUACCGGAGCCGGGAAACGAGAUCGUUCAGCCCAGACCAAAUUUCGAGCAGAUAUGGUCGAGAGAUAUGGGGCGCAACACCCCGAGGAGAGUUUCAUCUGGUGUCCUAUUUUCGGACAAUGGCUCAGUGCUGAGGGAGUCACUGCCGCUCAUUUAUUUGCGUGGAUGCAUGGACAAGACACAAUGGAUGGAGUUUUCGGCAAAACCAGCGAACCAGAACUUUUCUCCCCCCGGAAUGGGCUUCUUAUCGCAUCUGUCAUAGAAAAAUAUUUCGAUGACGGAAAGCUAGUUAUUGUGCCAGAUUUACCAGAACGACCACAGGUGGCCGAGCUUCUCGGGUGGUUAACGGGCGAAGUACGAGAGUACAAGAUCAGGAUAAUCGACAUGACGUGGGAUAAGCUGGACAGGCAGCCUCUGCCAGAAUCGCCGCUCAGGUAUAGAGAUCUAGAUGGGAGGAAACUGCAAUUUCGAACAUCAUUCCGACCAGCAGCCAGGUACCUAUACUUUCACUAUUGCCUGCAAGUUCUGCGGCGGGCAUGGCGGUUGAACCAAGACAAGACUGCGGACGUAUAUCUUCGCGAUGACAUGGGCAAACCCUUCUGGGGAACCCCUGGGCGCUAUCUGCCAAAGAACAUGUUGUUAACCUUGGUGGAGGAGCUGGGCCAUGACUACAAACACUUGUUAAAGGGGGCAUCUUGCAGGAACGGCGAGGAGGAUCUUUUACUGGGAGUUGCGACUGCCCAAAUCAAAUCUAAAGCCACCAGGAGAAGGACGCUCCGGGAUUUAGGUUUUGGAGACGAGAUAUAUCUUGAUGAUAGUGAGUCCGACUCCGACUCCGAGGAUGACGAUGGGGAUGACGAUGAGGUUGGUUGUUAGGUUGCGGUUCG